AUGAUGAUGGACCUUUUUGAAACUGGCUCCUAUUUCUUCUACUUGGAUGGGGAAAAUGUUACCCUGCAGCCGUUAGAAGUGGCAGAGGGCUCUCCUUUGUAUCCAGGGAGUGAUGGUACCCUGUCCCCCUGCCAGGACCAAAUGCCCCCGGAAGCUGGGAGCGACAGCAGCGGAGAGGAACAUGUCCUGGCGCCCCCAGGCCUGCAGCCUCCCCACUGUCCCGGCCAAUGCCUGAUCUGGGCUUGCAAGACCUGCAAGAGAAAAUCUGCCCCCACCGACCGGCGGAAGGCCGCCACCCUGCGCGAGAGGAGGCGGCUAAAGAAGAUCAACGAGGCCUUCGAGGCACUGAAGCGGCGGACUGUGGCCAACCCCAACCAGAGACUGCCGAAGGUGGAGAUUCUGCGGAGCGCCAUCAACUACAUAGAGCGGUUGCAGGACCUGCUGCACCGGCUAGAUCAGCAGGACAAAAUGCAGGAGCUCGGGGUGGACCCCUUCAGCUACAGAGCCAAGCAAGAGAGUCUUGAGGGUGCGGAUUUCCUGCGCACCUGCAGCUCCCAGUGGCCAAGUGUUUCGGAUCAUUCCAGGGGGCUCGUGAUAACUGCCAAGGAAGGAGGGGCAAGCAUUGAUUCAUCGGCCUCGAGUAGCCUUCGAUGCCUCUCUUCCAUCGUGGACAGCAUCUCCUCGGAGGAGCACAAACUCCCCUGCGUGGAGGAGGUGGUGGAGAAGUAA